CCGAGCGAAGGGCUUGCAGUCAGGCAGGGUUCUAAUGGGGCUAGGUAGUAGGAGGAUGUUUACUGCCACAGCACGGGGCUCCUUGGUAAAAGUCCGAAUCGAUUCUUGCUGAGGAGAUGUGACAGUUGUACCGCACAAUGACUUUCGAGAGCAUAAGGACGUCGACCUUCAGUUACCAGUCCUCGAUACACAGCUCGCACGUCCUUCUGUGCCUUAACGAGCAGAGACAGAAGGGGAUUCUGUGCGAUGUGACUGUUGUGGUCGAAGACAAGAGCUUUCAAGCUCAUCGCUCGGUGCUUGCAGCCUGUAGCGACUACUUCCGGUCAAGAGUCACGAGCCGCCAUGACCAUGUCAUUACGCUUCCCAAGGAGGUAACAGUGGAAGGGUUCGACCCACUGCUUCAGUUUGCCUACACUGCAAAGCUCCUUUUUACCAAAGAAAAUGUCCUUGAGAUCCGAAAUUGUGCCGAGGUCUUGGGUUUCCACAACUUGGACAAAGCCUGCUUUGAUUUUGUUGUUCCAAAGUUUUUUGAGAGUGGAAAAAACACACAAAGAAGUCCAAGAAAAUUAUGCUGCAGGAGCCGAUGUUGGAAAGAGAAAUUGCUGGCAGCAGAGUCUGUAAAUAUAGAUGAUGUGGGAGAGGAUGCCUUGGAUACUGAAUCCCCUGACACUGGGACUCUGAAAAAGAAGAGUGAUACAGUCCAGUGCCCUGAAUUGCAGGCAGAAAUGCCCGGAGGCUGCAGCCCAAACUGUUCAGAGAGAAGUACCCAGGCUGGUUUCUCUUCUUUGUGUCCAAAAUACAGGAAGUUUCAGAUUGCUUGUGGGAAAGACAGGUUUUGCCUUGAGAACUGCGGCCAAGAAAUACAGCAGUUUUUUCUCUCGGCGGCACCUGAAACUUUCAGCCCCAGCAGCCAGCCAUGUGGAGCCGGUGACAACAGGAAAGAGAAUCCACUGGGAAACGUGACUGGCCAGAGCGAUUUGGAAAUGGAGGAGCACCAUGACAAUGGAACAUCUGAAACGGACAAGUGCCACCCUUGUGGCCAGCAGGUUUUGGAAACUCUCUGUGCCGCGGGGACGUCUACACCGUGCUGUAGUCGGUCUCUCGCGUUAAGCUCCCCGGCGUCCAGCGGCUUGCGUCCCGAUCCAUUGGAAAUGUGUGGUGUUCUGGAGGACAGGGCUUUGGAGGAUGGCGGAGAAGAACAAGCGAUCAAAGCUGGCCUGCCAGAUCCUGUGCUCCCUGGUCUUGUUCUGAAGGACCAGCCUGGCCCUGGAGAGAGUGGAGAAAGGAGCAGUGUAGAGAGGGAGGUAGCUGAACACCUAGCCAAGGGGUUCUGGAGUGAGCUUUGCCCUCCUCCGGCAGAAGGCUUGGAUGGAGAUCGGGGUCCUUCGCAGCAGGCCACUUCGGAAGGAACCACCGAGUUUCGCUGGCUUUCCAUGAACAUCAACAAGAGCUACGAGCAGCUGGAUCUGACUGCCAGCACAGCGGACUGCCCCUUCCUGAGGGACCUGGACACUCAGGACUGUUGUGACCUCACGGAGGAGCAGAUCGAGUGCGGGGUCGUCUCGCAGCCGGAGAAGAGCCCUUAUAUCUCCUCAAUCAACUCGGGGGACGACUCCGAUUUUGACACGGAGGGGGACAGCGAAUCCUUCACAAGAGAGCGAGCCCGUGAGGUAGCAUUGCCAUUCUCUGUCGAAGAGAUUGCCUCCUUGAGCAGAAACGAUUUCCAGCAAAUGCUGAAAUACCACAAACUAACUCGGGAACAGCUGGACUUUGUUCACGACGUAAGGCGACGAAGUAAAAACCGAAUCGCAGCCCAGCGAUGCCGCAAGAGAAAGCUGGACUGCAUUCAAAACCUGGAGUCUGAAAUCGAUAAGCUGAAAACCGAAAAGGAGAAGCUCCUGGAGGAGAAGCAGCAGCUCAAAAUGAGGAUGGGAGAGACGCGGCAGGAUCUGUCCAAGCUGUACCAGAGGCUAUGCAGCGAGGCGGCGCUGACGCAGGACCAGCUGCAGGUGUUUGCCAAGUACUCCUCUCCGAACUGCCCCCUUUCCUCGCUGCUUGCAUCCAGCGGGAGCCCGGCCUGCCCAGAACUCGGGCCUCUGCUUUCCUCCUUAGCGGGAGACUCCUGUGGUACCGAGCUAACAGGGGAGCCUGAGGGAGAGUCUGCCCCCAGGACUGCAGACCCUCCCUCCACAGAGCACUGCUGCCAGAGUGUUAUCUCUGACUUUUGUUUGGAAAUGACAAGCAAAUGUACCACAGAGUAAUUACUGCUUUUAUCAUUUAUGUACACUUUAAAACCCAAUCCCCAUUUUAAAAUUGCCUUUAUUUUGCUUUUUACCUAUUAAAAAAUGCAAUUGAUAAAGAAAUUGCAAAUUUCAUAAGGAAAUUGUAAAUACUCCACUAGUAUGGUACUUUAAUAUUCUUGCUGGAGACCUUUCUUUAACUUUUAAUGAUGUAAUUUCUCAAAACAAUAUUAAAACAAUGUCAUUAUGCAAGAUAAUUAUAAAGCAUUCCCUAAAGCUACACUGGAGUCUUAUGUAUUUUUCAGGAACUCUUAAAGGAGCAUACCGUCACUUCAGGAAGCAUUAUUUAAUAAACUUGGUGCCUGAUUUUGUCAUAUCACAGGAGUUAAGCACAGUAGAUCCUGGUUAGUGUACUGAGUUGGAUUUAAAAGGAAAGUAAGGUGCUGCAUCCGGGAUAAUGGCUCAACACUAGAUAGCCUCAGGACCAAGAGAUCAACACAUACCUCACGAGUGAGAUGCAGCUGAAGGAUUCUUUCACAAAACGUUCUUAUCAAAACUCGGUCUUGCUUUGUCAUUAUGAAAGUCACUAAGCAUCUUUUCCCCCAUGAAAUCUUUCAAAGCUUAUGGUGCUUAAUAGUAUAGAAAGAGUAAAAUAACUUGGUGCUGCUCUAUGAUGUGACACAAUAAAAACACUCAAAUGUAGGAAGGACAGAUUUCUAACUAGGUUCUGUAGUCUUGUCAAGAGUGCACUGAAGUGUACUGUUGCUGUGAAACUUGGGCUGGAUGCAUUUGGAUUAUGUGGGCUGUACUGCCCACCGGUUUUUGUAUAACAGUAACCAUCGAUCUGUCACAGUUCUGGGCGACAGCAGAAUUUGAUGUGCACAAUCGGAGCUUUGUCUGGUCUUCUACAGGCACUUAAAAGGGCACAUUGGGAUGCGACUGAGGGCAGAAUGAAUGACAACUCCAGUUAAGAUUUAGCCAGUUUUCUGCUUUGGGGCUGUGAUUUGAGGCUUGUCAUGUUUGAAUCGAAUUGACCAUGUUGAGAUCCAAGAAGAGCAGGUGUAUUUUGCAGGACUUUAUUACUCCUGUACAGAGAAACAUCCAUAGUAGAUCCCAGUACAAGGUGCAGCUGGUUUCAUUGGAUGGAAAGUGGUUGCAAUUCAGUAAAACAGUAUUGAUAAAUAUUCCUAACUUGUGAAAGGUGCAUAUGUUAAUAAUGCUAACAAAACAUGUAGGUCCUAAACUUUUGUGGAUCUAUUGCAUGUUUCAUCUUCACUUGCCUCCCAAUGUACUGUUUGUGAGCUGUGGUGCUCAAUGUGCAAUGCCAAAAGUAGUAGUAGACAUGAUAACAGAAAAAUGGGCUGCUUAUUAAUUACAAAUUGCAGUAUGACCAGAGCAAACAAGCAUAUACUACACAAUCUGUAUGUUCCCUUCUAAUUCUUCUGUAAGAGACUUGGCCAGUGAUUCCAUCUGUUCCUGGAACCAGGCUGUGGUGUGGUUUGAGGGUAGCUGAGCUGCCAUGUUUUACCACCAGAUCAAGCAGCUCUUGGCUGGAAGUUGAUUGAUCUGAAUGGACAUUGUCAUAACGUGCUUUUGAAUCUCUCCUACACUGUUUAGAAAAGGUGCAAUUUGAAUCUGUUCAAGUUUUUUUUAAUUAAAAAAACAAGUUUGUAACAACUUCCAUGUCGUAAAGGUUUUCUGCGUAAGUCUUUUUGGAAAUACAGUUCCAGGGGUAAUGACAUCACUCCGUGCAACUCCAGAUCUUCUAGUUUCUGGUUCCUUAAAAGUAUUGUAAAUCAAACGUGCUGUUGUUUCUCAUACUUCUGUAUUUUCUGGUUUCGUACGAUUUUGAAUUCCUUUUUUUCCAGAUGGACAGGUGAAAGGUGGAGGUCAGCUGCCCAAGUCUGUGCAAUCUGUCAUAAGAGACAUGUUCACUUAAGAACACUUACAAAACCUCCUGAUCAGUAAAGAACAGCAUCACUCUGGCUUUUGACUGGCCAUUGCUAUUGGUCACACUUUAAUUUCCUGGUAUUUGAACCUUUAUUGCUUGUGGUCUAAAAAGAGUGAUGUAUUGUAGCAGUGCUUUCUUUAAUGAAGAAAUGUGUUCCUGUUGUAAAACAAUAUUUAUGGGAAGAUUUUGGAAGUUGUGACAGGUCUCUCUGUACCUACAUUGAAUGUUCUGAUGUUAUUAGGUUGAUUGAUUUAUAUUUGUCAGUUGUUUUUAUAUAAGGUGUGUGCAUCUGAUGCUUUGUUAGAAACAUACAAUUAACAGGUUUAUACAUUUCCCGAAGAUGAACAAGUUUCUUGGAAUAGUGAUUCAGCUAAGAGUUCAAUGAAAAAUGGUGUGUUAAAACUCAAACAUGCAGUCUUUUUUCCACCUACUUUCAAGGAAUGGAGUGUGUGUACCUGGAAUGUGGCCGAGUUUUUUUU